ACAGACCAAGGGAGCAACAUUUUGACUGGGAUCUUGCAGUGAAGUUUCCAAAGAGGAGAGAAGGUUAACAGAAACUUUUUUGCUUUGGAAAUCAGUUGGGCAUCUUUUUUUUUGUGGGGGGGACAGAAAUUCCGUUUCCUCCUCUCUCUCUCUCUCUCUCUCUCUUCCCUCUUGGAUUCAAACCUCAGGCUGCAGCACCGACUCCUUUUCCCAUCUACAACCUUCGUCUCAACAGAAGUGAGAGAAGGAAAGAGGAGAGAGUGGAGGAGAGGGAGAGAGAGAGAGGGAGAGAAAACAAUGACGAGAGACACCUGACUCCAGCUGCAUCCUGAUUUGAAGAGCGAACACGUGCUUUUGAAGAUAGAGAGAGAAAAAAAAUCUGUCACCCAGGCAAAAAUCCUUCCCAUAUGAUCAGUUCAGUUUGCGUGUCGUCUUUUCGUGGGAGAAAGUCAGGGAAUAAACCUCCUUCCAAGUCAUGUUUGAAAGCAGAGAUGGGCACGAACGAGGAAAGCGACAAGAUUGUCAUCAAUGUUGGAGGCAUCAGGCAUGAAACGUACAGAAGCACCCUGAAGACUUUGCCUGGGACCAGGCUGUCUUGGCUAACAGAGCCGGACGCUUUUAGCAACUUUGAUUAUAAUCCCAAGACAGAUGAAUUCUUUUUUGACCGUCACCCCUCGGUAUUUGCCUAUGUGCUGAAUUAUUACAGGACGGGCAAGCUACAUUGCCCGGCGGAUGUGUGCGGCCCUCUGUUUGAGGAAGAGUUGGCUUUCUGGGGAAUCGAUGAGACGGACGUGGAGGCAUGCUGCUGGAUGAACUACAGGCAGCACCGAGACGCGGAGGAGGCACUGGACAGCUUCGAGACCCCGGAACCUGACGACGAGGAAGACGGAGACCUCAAGAGACUGUGCUUGCAGGAGGACUCGAACAGGAAACUGGGCUGGUGGAAGAAACUCCAGCCCAAGGUCUGGGCUCUGUUCGAGGACCCCUACUCAUCCAAAGCGGCACGGUACGUGGCGUUUGCAUCACUGUUCUUCAUUUUGAUAUCCAUCACUACGUUUUGCCUUGAGACCCAUGAAGCGUUCAACCACAAGGUAAACAGAACCGAGACGGUCACCACGGGGAAUAUCACCAACGUGGUGGAGGAUGUGGAGAUUGAGACCGAGGCCUUCCUCACCUAUGUGGAGGGCAUGUGUGUCAUCUGGUUCACCUUUGAGUUCCUGAUGCGUAUCAUGUUCUGCCCGGACAAGAAGGAGUUCAUCAAGAACACCCUCAAUAUCAUUGAUUUUGUGGCCAUCCUUCCUUUCUACCUGGAGGUUGGCCUGAGUGGACUCUCGUCCAAGGCUGCCAAGGACGUCCUGGGCUUCCUGCGUGUCGUGCGCUUUGUUCGAAUUCUCCGCAUCUUCAAGCUCACCCGCCACUUCAUCGGCCUGAGGGUCCUGGGCCACACGCUGAGGGCGAGCACCAACGAGUUCCUCCUGCUCAUCAUCUUCCUUGCGCUCGGGGUCCUGAUCUUCGCCACCAUGAUCUACUACGCAGAGAGGAUAGGGGCUGAUCCUGAAGACAUCACGGGUAGCAAACACACCAGCUUCAAGAACAUCCCCAUUGGCUUCUGGUGGGCCGUGGUCACCAUGACAACCCUGGGCUACGGGGAUAUGUAUCCGGAGACCUGGUCUGGGAUGUUGGUGGGAGCUCUUUGUGCGUUGGCUGGUGUGCUAACCAUUGCUAUGCCUGUCCCUGUUAUUGUCAAUAACUUUGGCAUGUACUAUUCCUUGGCAAUGGCCAAGCAGAAGUUACCAAAGAAGAAAAAUAAACACAUCCCCCGAGCUCCUCAGCCAGGCUCUCCCAACUACUGCAAGCCUGACAUCAAGUCCCCCCAGAGGAGUGCCCAAGGUGAUUCCUGCCCUCUAGCUCAGGAGGAGAUCAUUGAAAUAAACAGGGCAGAUCCAAAGCAAAAUGGGGACGCUGCCAAUGCUGCUUUGGCCAAUGAGGACUGUCCGACCAUUGAUCAGGCCCUAUCACCGGAGGAGAACCAGCCCGUGACGCCUGGAGGGAGGGAGAAGUACGCCCGGGACAGAGCCUGCUUCCUGCUGACCACCGGGGACUUCGAACACUCUCCCGAUGGAAGUAUCCGCAAAGGUUAUGAAAAGUCGAGAAGCCUAAACAACAUAUCUGGCAUGAAUGAGAAUACACUGCGACUGUCUCCUGUCACCACGCCAUUCAACUCGCCUUGCCCUUUGAGGCGACCUCAGUCACCCAUUCCAUCCAUACUGUAGCAUCGAUACAAAAGAGUGGGAAAUAUUUUUUUA